CGCCCCGCGCCGCGCGCGCAGCCUGCCCGGCCGGGGGCCCGUGCCGCGCCUGCGACCCGUGUUCCUGUGGGCCCGUCAGCGAGACGGCACCGUGCAAGAGGUCCGCUGCGAGGACUACGACCCUCGAAAUCGUAUUCGAAUAGCGCGCACCGCGAACGGUUGGCGAGUUAUCCCGCGUACCGAGAUCUACAACUCUAUCCGUGUGCCCCCGCCGCCGCCGCGCGAGCGCCGAGAGCGGCGCCGGCGCCGACGAGCCGGCGAGUGCAAACGCCGCCGCUCCGAGCGAAGUAGCUGGACGGCCCCCGACCUGGAGAGCCACAUUCCUUCCCACACGAUCGCCGUGCGGCGGGCGACGUCGGAGCGGGCGGACUCCCCGCCCGUGGCGACGUCGCCCCCGGCGGCGCCCGCGGAGCCCACGCCGCUGGACAACCUGCUGGCGGUCGCCGAGCUCGAGUUCAACCAGCAGCGCGGCUCCGACCUCCUCGAGCUCGACGCUACGGACGCGCAGUACGCGUUCCUGCCGGCGGAGGAGGUCGCAAGGGACGUCAUGUCCUUCGAGCUCGGGGACCCGAAGCCCCCCGACGAGAUGUUCUUCGAGAAGACUCACUCCGCGGGCGACCGGCCGGAGGAGACCGGCUUCCAGAACGAUAUAAGUGCACAUAAGGAUCUGUUUGAGACUAUCAGUGAGGCACACUACCUGCCGGAGCUCGGCGGGCCGCACGACGAAGCCCUGCUCGAGUCCCUCGUGGAGAAGGGCUGCGAGGACAACCAGAUCCUGGGACAGGCCCUGGACAAGCUGGCGCACCUGGUGCACGGCGCCGACUACGCCGAGGAGGAGGACGACAUGUUGCUGGGCGGAGCGCCCGUGGCCGAUAUCAUCGACCGUCUCGAGCAGUCGCUGGAGUCACCGGGCCGCAGCAGCAUGACGGCGGCGCAAGGGCUGCUGCACCUGCACCACAUAGCCGACCACCUGCCACCCCCCGAACACCAACAGACCGUCGAUCAGACAUACAUUCAGGAUGAAGUGUUCGCGGAGCAGGCGCCCGCCGACUGUGAGAUGGAAAGUAUGAACUCUAACGUUCUUCCUAAUGCGGAAACGAACGAAGUUAACCACAUAGAUUACGAUAGUAGUGCCGAGAAGAGGCUAGAGAACGACGUCGCGGCCGCCGACGCGUUGUAUACUGAACCUGUACCUGAUACUCACGACACUUACAAUAGUACAUUCGAGGAGCAACACCCUCAGCCGUUACCCGAUCAGAGUGAAAUGCCGAUACCGAAUGAAGAGCCCAGUAAAAACAUCAGUGAUGUAGUCUCUGAAAUCGGUGAUAUCAAAGAGGAUAUACAAAACGAGAGUAAUGACGAAGAAAUGGCACCUUUAGAACCGAAACUUUCACCCGCUAGUGAAGAACCUACAGACUUGAGUUUAAAGCACAUAGAUGAUACUGAGACGCCUGAAUUAGCGGCGAGUGUGGGCGAAAUGACAAACGCGAUGGAGGAUAAUAUAUCUGAAAAAAGCGACGAACAACCUAAAGAUCUGAGUGUGCACAGACGUCUGCCGACCCCGCAUGCGUCGCCGCGGCGAACGGACGUGCCGCGCGCCCCGUCGAGGGAGUCGGACGCGAUGCAGUCGCCACAGCCGAGUGGCAUUCCCGCGGUGCCCUCCUCGCCGGAGAUAUUCACCAUGCCACCAACCAAGAGCAAACAGACUCUCUUCCUAGAGACUCUCCUAUCUUCGCCUUCGCCCAAAAUGUACACGUCCGAAGUAACCAUCACUAAACAGCAAUGUGAACCUCUAAAUUUAGGUAAACAUAGAAAAUCUGCGAGUCCAACCGUAACGAGCUGUUCGGACGAAAUAAGAAAAUUAAAUAAAGAGUUCGGUGAGCCUCAAGAGAAAAAGGUGAAACGAGAAGACGAAAUCAAAAUAACCAAAGUUUUUGGCAAAAUGGACGAUCAUGUAACGGAUUCUAAGAAGAAGAUUGAAAAAUCGAAAUCAAGUGAUGAAUUUAGUCCAUUGAGGCAAUUACAAAUAUUGAAAACGAGCCCAGAUUUUAACAUUCCAGAUCCUUUACUAGUCCCUAGAGACAAAAUAGGUGUUAUACUCGCAAACCCAGUUAGAGAGAUACCGGCGUUGUAUAUACAGAGGCCUGAGUUAAGACUGCCCGAAGCGUUUGCGUUCCCGCGCGUACUACAUGACCCCGAUAUAAUUGUGAUAUCAUUAUCGCAGUUCGAAGAAAUCCUAGAGAAGCCGGAACUUUGGAGGCAUAUAUUAUAUCCUAAACCUACGGCGAAACAGUCGGCAAGCUCGUCGAGUUCGGAACAACCGAGUACCAGUACGAGCACGAGCGGCACGCAACAAGCGGAGACGACGUCCACCACCGUAGCGUCGUCAUCCACCGGCCAGCCCAGACCGAUACCGUCGAUGGAUGCUCUCGCCGGAGAAAUAGACGCAGCGACGACGGCCGCCAUCAACCAGAUGCUGUUCCUUCCUUAUCUCAGCCAAUUAGAAGCUAUGGCAUGUGCGCAAAGCGACUUCUUAAAAGCUUACGCGAACGGCGGCGGGGGAGGCAGCGGGAACGGUCCCAACUACCCCGACUUAUCUCAGAUGUUCAACCCGAAUAUGCGGUUCAUGGGCCCAGGUGGGUUCCCUAUGAUGCCUCCGAUGAAUUACGACAGCCAGUUACAGUUCGCCAUGUGGCAGGAGGCGAUGAUGAAUCAGGCGAACGCGCAGGCAAACGUCUCCGCGUCCCAGCGCCCUAAACCUAAUAGCGCCCUAGAAGCUCAAAUGAAAGAGAUAGCGUCAAAAUCUAGCGACGUGCAAAACCCUUAUGUGCAUUCCACUAAAAACCACCAAAACAAACAACAUUCCGCGGCGCGAACGAGUCCCAUAGCGCACAAUUACAACAAUAACCAGCGGUCGAUGACUCCGUUCCUGCAGGGCAUGUACCCGGGUAUGAACCCGAACAUCCGGCCGAAUAUGGCGCUGCCGGGGCUGCAGAUACCGUACUUCAACCCUAAUUUGAUGGGGGCGAGUCAGCGGUCGCCGCGGACGGGGCAGCAGAAGAGUCCGACGUCGCCGUACUUUCCAAACAAUAAUUACCUGCAGUCGGUGAAGCAGACGGAGGGUCAGCACCAGCGGAGUAGCAGUACGAGCUCGCAAGAGUCUCCGCGGCCGCGGAUCAGUGUGAAGUCGCUGCAGAACCUGUUGGAGCCGUCGGCGGCGGCGGCGUCGGGCGGUCGGCGCGGGGGCGCGGCGGCGGCGCCGACCCGGCGGCGCGACGAGCCCGAGGUCGGCAGCACCACGCCAGGGGAGCCGCCGCUGUUGCCGCCGAACCCGCACGACCCCUCAUCCUUCCAUUUAUGGCAUCCGCUAUUUGGCAACCAAAAGGGGUACGCGUCGCCGUGGAGUUGGACGACGGUAACCGCUACGGGUGACUGACGCAACGCGCCGCGCGGGCCGGCGCCCGCGCACCCACAGUGAGCGCGCGAGGGUGGAGGGGAGCGGGGUGCGAGGGGCGGGGCAGAGAGAGUGAGAUUGAGAUAGACAAGUAAGAGAGUUUGGAGAAGCUUGACAACAAGAAUGAGAAUUUCGGCGCCCGCGCUGCGUAAAUGCCGCGCGUUUCGACCAAUAGACGCAGCGGUGCUGUCUUCGUAGACAAACGUCGUAUGGCUAUUGGUCGAAAACCGCGGUAGCUUAACGGUUUUAAAUACAAUGUCGACUUGAUUUGCUAUGAAGUAACGAAUUCGAGUUAUUUCGAAAAAUCUAAACGGUUUAAGGAUCGAAGCAAAUCGUUUUGCCUGUUUAGACUCUAUUGCAACAGCUCUAUACACUACAAAGACUCUACCAUUUAUAAAUUUCAAUACGGUAUUCUAUCAUCAAAAAUAACUUCAACACAAUACUUAAACAAAAUUCCAACUUUUUAUCGGAAAAUUUACACAAUUCUCUCUCUCUCUUACCUCACCUCCGUACCCAAGUGAAUAGCGAAUUGAUCCGUCCGAAGAAAGCACCCGCGCUGUGGUCACUGUGGCAUCCCAGAGUCCCUGGACGUUGUAGGCACCCUACACUGAGGCAGUUUGGACUUGUCUGUAGCAACACUGACCCUUGGAUAUCUAUGACAUUAAAAAAAUAUAUCUAUGACGUUAACUCAGUGAAAUAACAUCAGUGUGUACCUAACUCUGUGAAUAUUUGUCGUAACAUCACUACCGUGUUACCGUUACGUUCGAAUUAGUGUUGUAUAUCGACUCAAAUAUUAAUAGUAUCGAUAAUAUUACUAAUUUGUCAAAUAUUAUAGAUGGUAUCGAUAUACAUCGACAGUUAAGCGACUGUUGGCGUGCAUUGCAGGAUAAUUUUGAUAGUAAUGUCUAAUUAUAAAAAAAAUAUAGUGGACGCCAAUUAUCGCUUUGUCGAUAAUAACUACAACACUAGUCCUUGUUAACUUUUUUAGACAGAACAAUACAUUUCUGUGCUAGAUAUCUAACGUGUCGAGCGUGACACUUCCUAUCGAUUUGUCACACUUCAUGCGCUGUCUAGGACGUCUAUAAUUCUAUGGUAAUAGGUGUAACUUGAUGUCUACAGUAGUAUUCAAAAGUUGUGUCAUUUUAAGCCAUUAAUUGGCAAAACUAUUAAUACUAAAAGUACUAACGUCAUUCGAAAUUACGCCGACACCGACCACCCGGCGUCUUGUGCCGGGUGGGAACCCUCAGCACUCCCUAUUUUGCCGGCCAAGUAGUUAAUGGCAUAUGUGUAGAAUCUACAAUAAGCCACGUUAAAAAAGGAAUGUGAUUCUAACAAUAACAGUUUCUAAACAACCUAUUGGAUAUUGCAUAUACUUAGAUCAAAGACGCAUUAUAAAGAACUAUCCUAUCAAUCUAUUACUAUAGGGAUGUUUCAUUAUUCAAAAUGGCUCAAAAGUUAUGUAAAAAGAGCUUUAUUACCUAGCCUUUAGGCAGACAAGAUUAGAGUACAAGAAAGAACAAUUUAAAUUCUCACUUUGGUAACAUUCGACGGCACAUCACUGAUUUCCACAAAUAAACUACGGGCCUCUAUAAAAAUUAUAGGUUAGGCUUAAAAUUCGUGCCUCCAGGCCAUUAAAUUAAAAAAAAAUAGCUCUAAUUAUUAGGGUUACUACAGUUGAUGUAAGUAUAUAAGUACGCUAUAAAUAUGCAUGUACUACUUAAUAGUUUUGCUAAUUUAUUGACUCAGCAAUUUACAGUCCCAAAACUCAGGAUAAUUAAAUGUAAAGAAAUAGAAUAACUAAUUGUUCAUAUAAAUUAUAUCUAUAACAAUGUAAAGAUAUUGAGAAAUCAGCAGUGCGACCCGUAUUUUAAGAAAACGAUGCAUACUGUUAAACAUUACGAACCAUAACUCAGUGUAUAAAGUAAGACAUCAUAUAUCUAGUAAAUGUUGAUAAGAUAAAUGUUAGUUAAGUAUCUAUUUAUGUAUAAGACUACUACAUACCAACGCCAUUUCAAUUAUUUAAUGAUUAGUCCACAAAGAAAACACUUACGCGUAACGAUUGUUAAUUUUAAUUGCAUAUUUCAUAGUAUAAUUUGUACCAUAUAAAAUCAACCGCAUGCUGAAAACCACUCGGUAAAUGUAAGCUUUUUACGAGCCCACAAGGUUCAGUUUAGAAUUUAGUGAUUAAUUACACUUUAGUUUUUACUACCGAUUCUAAUGAUACGAUAGCUAAUUGCGCGCACAGACAAGUUCACACCGCCAUUAAUUACUAGAACGGAAUUGUUCAAAACCACCUUCAAAGAGCAUCUAACGGUGUCAAUUCGAGCAACCACCAACUUAAUUUUAAUUUGACAAGAGUAUAACUAGCUCCAUCCCUUUCUUGCACAUAUUGUAAGUGAAGGAAGGCACUAAUGUAAGCUGUCAAACUAAAAUUAAGUUUGUGCCCGCCAGAAUAGGCACCUGUCUCUACUUAACCUGUAAUAUUCUAGUGAUUUUAAGGAAGUGUUACUACGAAAUAAUAUUUCUUGAAUUUUCGUGAAUUCGAAUUUGAAUUUUGACACUUCCUUAAAAGUUUUAAAUAUAUAGAUGCUCCAAACAUACCAUAUCCUUAACUUUAAGGUGCGUAUCGGGUAUCUACAUUUGAAGAAAUGCAUAGAGCAUAAUUUUUAUUAAUUUAGUUGUGAUAUGUAACGACUAGCGCGUACGCGCGUAGUUCCAAAUGUGCAAUCCACUUGGACUGUAUAUUGUAGCUAGAGAUGUUAAGUGGCAAUUCCAUGCAUUUAAUUUAUGUAUGGAACGAACGCAGGUCGAAUUUGUAAUUUACAGGCUUUAAUAAAUAUGCAUAUUUAUGGAAAUACUUAAAAAUAACUAUAUUGAAACCCAUAUCCCAACCUUAAUUGGAGUUUUGGGAUAUAGGUGCCCGUGGCUUGUGUUAUGCGUUUCGGUCGAGUAACGUUCCACAUUAGCGCAAGUUUUUAUCUAUGCGGCCAAUUUUAAAAUACUAUGGCAUUGAUUGAAUAAUUUACACUGAUUAUGCUUUUUAAACGGCUUCAUAAGAUCAUCAGUAUGGUAACUUGACCAUAGCAAUGUGUAGAAACGUAUUGAUCUAUCAUGCGAUACAUAUUUGCACGCUAGACUAUGGAAAAAAGUCAAUGAGAUUAGCUAUACACCGACCAGAAAUAUACCUAGUAAAUUAUACAGCUUACAAAAGCAUACACAAUUUCAUGAAAUUACUUUUUACUACUGCACUAACACGCACGAUCUUUGUUAAAAUAACAAGUUAUAAAUAUUUGAUAUCAAAGAAAAGCCCUAAACUCAAGAUUAGGGCUAAGAUGGUAGGCACAAUCCAUACAAACAAAUACUACCUAAAGCUUGUACCGAAAGGUCCAUUAAAAGUUGACCUUUCUAACCUUCAAGUAUCGCCCUAGUAAUCUAAAUUAAGGAAUAAUUCCAUCUGAUAAGGUCAAUUCUCAGACCUCGCCGUUUUUAAUAAGCUAAUCUACGUUUGGAGGUAACUACAUUCAGUACGUAAUAAAAGUCUAAUGCAAGCUUGAUAUAAAGCUGAAAUGAGCUUUAUAAAUGAAAUUCGGAGUUCGACUUGCGUUCCUUCCUUUAUUUUUAUAAUACCAGUGUUAAAGUGGAACUUUCUAGACUAUGUAAAAAUGUUUUACUACGCAAUAGAUCUAAGUAACACUAAGUUUACAACUGUACUAACAAAAUGGGGUUAAAAAGGCCACAUAGCAGCAAUUGAUCUAAAAAAGCAAUAUUGCUAUUUGACAUUUACGCAUAUAAAGUAAGAGAGCAAUGCAAACAAAGUCUAAUAGCAAUAUUGCUUUAUUAGAUGAAUUGAAUUAAAUUGCUUCGAUGUGGCCUCUUUAACCCCUACCGUCUUAUAAUGUAAGCAGAUUUUAAUAUAUCCCACAUAAGUCCGUGUCGAUUCAAAAUUUUGGUCAAAAACCGAAAUCUAAAUAUAUUCUGGCAUACAAAAAUUGUAUUUAUUUGUUACUUACAUACAUAAUUUAGAAUUUAUUGCCAAUGUUUUAACUUUUAACUAUCGCAUUACAUAAUUAUAAUUAUAAUAGUAUUUAAAUAUUAGGAAUCGACGCGUCCUACUGUUUGUAUAAACUUAAAUAACCCUAAUUAAUGAAUGACCAUGAAGUAUUUAUGUGUAAUUAACCCGUUGAUAGGAGUGUAGAUAACUAUUACUAAGGCGUUCGUAACUAACUUAGGACGUGAAAAGUACAAUAUGAAAUACAUAAAAUAUAACGAAAACUAGUCCCAGUUGUGUCUGAAAGACUCUACACUAAGGGCCCUAUAUCAGGUUACGAAACCUGAUGAGGUGGCCUUUAUACAACUGCGUAUAUUUUGUGAGAAAAGGCCCUAACAGUGUCCUAGUGAGAUAGGACCCUUAGAGUUCCACAGAGUUGAAGAUAAUAGGGCCUUACUUUUCGUAUGGACAUCCUAAGUUAGUUACGAAAACUUUUAUAGUGAGAAGUGUCUACAUCUCACAUCAUCUACGUUUAUUUUAUGUCUAUUUAAACUUAUAUUACCUAAUUUGUAGAAUCACAAAGAGGUAUUGAAUCAGUCCAUGCUGUUAUGUUCUUAGAACUAUUGCGUAGUAAGUAAUAUAGCUGUGCUAUGUCCAAAUCUGCAUUUAAACAUAACGACUCACAUCAACAGACGCGAUUCACAUCCAUAGUAGACUGAAACAGGGUUCUUUAAUUCUAAGCAAUAAUCAAUUGAUAGAGCAAAUUCUGCAAUGCAUAUUAUGAUCUAAUUGACGUGGCUAGCGUGCGAAACUAUGCAAAAAAAUAUUUCACGAUAUGCGCGGCAGAUUUUCAAAUGAUCACGCAUUCGUAAGAAAAACUGAUUCUUUUAUCGAUGAUUCUUCCGAAUAACAUAAUUAAACUACUUUCAACAAUAAUUAUGGCGAAUUGACCAUAUAUUUACUUUUAAAGUUUGUUUUAUUAUUCUGUGCAAUACUUUGUUAUUCUGUGCAAUACUAUGUUAUUCUGUGCAAUACUUUGUUAUUCUGUGCAAUACUUUGUUUUAUUCUGUGCAAUCUAUGUAAUGCCAGAGAACAGUUUGGUCCAAUUGAUUGUGAAACCAAAUAGAAAAAUUCGCUUUAAUAAUAAAUGCGCUCAGUGAGUCGCGUUCGGUGACCCAUGGGCACUUUCAUCUUGCAGUGGAUGUAGCUCUGACUACCCCAAUUUUAACAGUCGUGAGCUUAUAUUAUGUUAAGUAUUAAGUGCAGAUUGGGCCAUAGUUUUUUCUCCUGGCUAAAAUGGGAGCAUUAGUAGGCAACAUUUGGGAUCUCUCACUUUAUAUAUCAUAGUGUCACAUGACAGUAGCGGUUGUCAACUCAUUUUAGCCAGCUCGUAUGUGUUAGCGACGUAGAUUUCCGAUACCAAGUUCUUAUAACUUUAUUGCUCACUGUACACACAGGCCAUCCCGGGAGCGACGCGGACACGAAUUUCUGUGUGAAGAUGUUUUAACCCGGUUCAAUAUUCCGCUCUCAAAACGCUUCCGAUAUCAACUCGACCUCUUACCGACAUGAAUUGAGCUAAAAAUUUGCUAUGCAAAUACAUUUUUGAUAAAAUAGGGUAAGUAGUUGAUUGGGCCAAAGAUAAACUACAAAAUGCUAAUCUAGAAAUAAAACCCAGGAUAAGAUGAUCAAAAAUCAAUCUAAUUUUUCUUUUAGUCAUAUUUUCGAAUUUAUUAUAAAUGAAGUAACAUUGAGUGCGACGUUUGAUCGCUUUUAUUGAUGGCGUCUCACGCGAGUAUUUCCAUACAAAUAUACAAUCACCAAAAUUCGGUCUGACAUUUCGUAAAAGUAUCUCAUUUGACUAGGUACUUAGUUUGUUAAGUAGCUAAUUUCCAGAAUAUCUUUGGGGCUGGCAACAUUCACUGAAUUGACCACAAAAAUAUGAACAUGCAAAAGCACUUUCCUGUCAAACUGAGCUCUAAAAUUGGAGUCAUUUACAACUACAGUAAUACAAAAUGACACACAUCACACGAGCAAGUAAAAGAUGAAAAUUUAAAUUACUUACGAACAAGAUUCUCGUGAGAGAAAACAUGUUUGUUACUAUUAUCGCUUCACAGUAAGAUAAAUACUUGUAUCCUGUUGACAAGAGGCAUACAGGUAAGUGUUAUAAACGGUUUAUGCAGGAGUUAAUUGCCGUGCUAAAUAGCUCAGAAGAAAAUUCCAAAAAUCUUUGAAUGUGUGAACUUUUCUGAAGGGUUAAAUAGGCCACAUUAAAUUAAUAUUGGAAUUUGACAUUUGCGCAUAUAAGUGCGCAAUGUCAACAAAUGUCAAAUAGCAAUAUUGCUUUUUUAGAUGAAUUGCUUCCAUGUGGCGUUUUUAGACCCUCGGGAACAACAGCAGUCAAUUUACUCUUGUACAAAUAAGUUAACAACAACACUAUAAAGUUAUAAGAGCGUGGUAUGAAAUUUAUUCUUUUUUUUACAUUAAAAUAUAACUAUUUAUUUUCGUUACUCUUUAAGUUUUCGAUGAUUUUAAUUGUUCUCGUUACUUUCCUUGGGAAUCUUUAUCGAUUUAGAUUUAGUAAGUACAAUUUUCUUGAGUAUGCGAAACGGGGACGGAAGACCGGGGUUGGCCGAUUAACAUUAGAAUUUAAAGUUAAUGGUGUAACCGCGGUGCUGCGCGGGCGCACGUAAGGGAGAGACGGCUAUAUAUCGUGCGUCUCUUUCGUCUGUAUGUACACGGGGGCACGCGCCGCUCUGCGGAUAAAUUCUACUUUUCUAGUGUACAAUUCCAUUUUUUCUAUUCCGAUGUCUUGUGAACACUUAGUAUGUCGAUCGUAUUCGCUCCAACCCGGUUGUGCCGAGUCCUUCCCCGUUCAAAGUUGUUGGUUAUUAUGAGUACUCACUAUUCAAAAAGUUUCCUGAUUGUAAUUUAUUGACUUGAAUAAAUGAAAUUACGCUUCUAAAGUGUAUUAUUACAUAAAUAUGUAAAUAUAGGACGAACUAACCUAUGAUUAUAGUGAAUGUUGUAAUUUGUAUAUAAGUAAUGAAAAUUAAAUUUUAAAUACAUAGAUACAAUUGUGCGUA